AUAUCGGUGAUAAUUUUGUGACAUUCUUUCAUCGCUUCCAGUUGUGACGGAAGGGAAGCCUGAACUAUUUGUCAACGAUCACUGCAAGCUUUUCUUGGGAGCGACAUGGACAAAGCAUUGUACUGGCGACAUUGCCGGCCUUCCGGACUAGGCUAUGCAAAUCCUGCGCCACGCUACCGACAUGUAGCAUCGCUCGGUCAUCCCGUCGUCGAGAAUCCGCAUGCUAAGCUCCUAAAAACCCAACGAUCAAUUCGAGGCCUGCAUCCUUCAAAAGAAAAAAAAAUUCGUUUGGCGUUUCCUGAUUCGCCUGCUUAUAUAAGCUCCCAACAAGCACUCGCAAAUCACACCGCGCCAAGCGAUCCAAUCCAUCAUCUCAGCAGGUAACUGAGCUACCGAGCCGAUCAACAACUGAUGGCGGACAGGGAGGGCGCCGUGGUGAAGAAGGGGCACGAGGAGGGCCUGAAGAUGGCGGUGUCGCUGCUGGAGGAGUUCGGGCUGCCGCUGGGCCUGCUGCCGCUGGCGGACGUGAUCGAGGUCGGGUUCGUGCGCGCCACGGGGUACAUGUGGAUCAACCAGCGCAAGAAGGUGGAGCACCAGUUCAAGCUGGUGAGCAAGCAGGUGAGCUACGACGUGGAGGUCACCGGGUACGUCCAGGCCAAGAGGAUCAAGAAGCUCAAGGGCGUCAAGGCCAAGGAGCUCAUGCUGUGGCCGCCCGUCAACGAGAUCAUCGUCGACGACCCGCCCACGGGAAAGAUCCACUUCAAGAGCCUCGCCGGCGUCACCAAGACCUUCCCCGUCGAGGCGUUCGCCGCGGGGCAGUAAGCCGCCGCGCGCGCACGAGCACGACGUUACGUGCCCUGCAGCUUGCAUUGAUUUGCCGCAUAAUUAAGAGCGCGCCGGACGGCCGGAGAUAGCGCCACAAAGAAAGACGUAUUUGUACUGUUUCAUGAAUGUCCUGCGAGGAUGGAUUUGGAUUUGCUAUACGAACUUGUUUGAGAAUUGA